CGCAACAAGAUCAAGAUCAAGACACAAACAAAGAUCCGUGAAGGCGGCCAGGCGUUCCUUCCCUGCUGGUGUUUUUCCCUGAUUGCUGCCAUGGCGGACGGCGGGUCGGGGCACGAGGCUACCGAGGAGGACGCCACGGAGCUGCAGUUCCCCAAGGGUGCGGGCGGGGCGGGUGCGUGCCGGCGGUGCGGGGCGUCGCUCCCAGAGCCCCAUGUGGCGUGCGGCGCGUGUCCGGGGCGCCCCGCCCUGUGCCUGGCUUGCUUCGCGCGGGGGGCGGAGUUCCCGGGGCACGCCAGCAGCCACCCCUACAGCCUGGUGGGUCGCUGCUGCCCCCUGGGGGAGGGCUGGGGGGCCGCGAGGAGCUGGCGCGCUGGGGGCCAUCGAGGAGUGUGGCCUGGGGAACUGGCAGGCCGUCAGUGCCCGCGUGGAGGGGCGCGGCCCCUGGGAGUGCCGCGACCACUACCUGCGCCUCUACCUGCGCCACCCGCCCCCAGAGCUGGCGGGCCUGGCGCCCCCGCCCAGCGCCAGGGAGGGGGGCGCCGCCCCAGUCCGUGGCGCAGACCCCAUAGAGUACGUGGACGGCACGGAGAACCCCCCCGGCCGCUGCCGGGCACGCCCGCGGCCGUCAGCCUGGCGGGGUACUGCGCGGCGCGGGGCGACUUCGAGGUGGAGGCAGACCCUACGGCGGAGGCGGCGCUGGCGGAGCUGGAGCCUGAGCUGUUCGAGGGGGCGGGGGCGGAGUGCCCCGGCGUGGCGCUGGUGGAGGCAGUGGCGGACGCUUACCGGCGCCGCGUGGCGGAGCGGCAUCGCCUGCGGCGUGUGGUGCGGGACGCGGGGCUACUGGUGGGGGCGGGGCGCAUGGCCGCCACCCUAGGCCGCCUGCGCCCCUCGCUGCCCCCGGGCCUGGCGCGCGCCCUGCCACGGCUGGGGGCGCUGCUGCCGCCGCGGGAGCUGGAGGAGGUGGUGGCGGGCCUGGUGGUGGAGUGUGAGCUGCAGCAGCACGUGCAGCUGCUGCGGGAGUACCGCCAGGCGGGCCUCACCAGGCAGGCGGGCGUGGCCACCUACGAGGCGCUCAGACGGCGGCGCGAGGCGGCGCAGAGGGAGCGGGAGUGCCUGGUGGCGGGCGGGGCGGGGCAGGGCGGGGAGUGGAAGGUGGUGGGGCGCGGCAUCCUGUCGCGGGGCGUGCUGCCGGGCGCGGGGCGCCGCGCCAGGCCGCCCAUGGACGUGAGCGGCCUGCCAGGCUACGAGGAGCUGACGCAGCAGGAGCGCGAGGCCUGCGCCGAGCUGCACAUGGCGCCCGAGGCCUUCCUGCACCACAAGCACUUCCUGGUGGGCGAGGCGCGGCGCGGCGGCGGCCUGCGGCUGGCCCAGGCACGCACACUGCUCAAGAUUGACGUCAACAAGACUCGCAGGAUAUUUGACGUGCUGAGGGAGGCGGGAGACAUCCACGCCAUCACCGUGCCCACCAUUGCCAGGGCGUCCCUCGCCAGGCUGCCCCGCGACGCUGCCCCUGCCCCUGCCGCCGCCACCACCACCACCACAGAGACACCACCAUCCUAACACACACACACACACACACACACACACACACACACACACACACACACACACUCUGAGUAUCUGUGAUGUUUGCCAUAACAAUAAAGUUUUGUUAGGUAUAAAUGUGUGUGUGACUCACCUUGCCACUGUGCACCACGCAGAGAGAGAGAGAGAGAGAGAGAGAGA